AAAACAUUGGCAAAAACCCUUAGUUCCUCCUGCUGCCUCAGAGCUCUCUCUCUCUCUCUGUUACCAAACUUCAGUGUCGAGUAGAGUGAGAAACAACCAUGGCGGCUACAUCGACUCUGGGGUUUGUUUUACCGUCGGGUUUAUCUCCCCGUCGCGGUGGAUUUAGGGUAUCGGUCAUCCGAUGCUCCGCUUCCCCUCUCACUUCAUCCACUGGCGCCGUCUCUGGUCUUGUGGAGAAACCUUGGAGUUCAUACAAUGCUAGGCUUGUGUUAGAAGACGGUUCCAUUUGGCCGGCUAAGUCCUUUGGUGCUCCUGGAACCCGUGUUGCUGAAUUGGUCUUUAACACCUCCUUGACCGGGUAUCAAGAAAUUCUGACUGAUCCUAGUUAUGCUGGGCAAUUUGUGCUAAUGACAAACCCGCAAAUUGGUAACACCGGUGUGAAUCUCGAUGAUGAGGAAUCUGAGAAGUGCUUUCUUGCUGGUUUGGUGAUAAGAAGUCUAAGCAUCAGGCAAGUUACCUCAAACUGGAGAUGCACCAAGACACUUGCUGACUAUCUCACCGAAAGGAACAUCAUGGGAAUUUAUGAUCUUGACACUCGAGCAAUAACCCGUCGAUUAAGAGAAGAAGGCAGUCUUAAUGGUGUGCUUAGCACAGAACAAACCAAAACAGAUGACGAGCUUCUGCAAAUGUCCCGUUCAUGGGAUAUCGUAGGACUUGAUCUAAUAAGUGACGUUUCCUGUAAAUCUCCUUACGAGUGGCUCGACAAAUCAGACCCUGAAUGGGAUUUCAACACAAAUUCACGCGAUGGGAAACCCUACAAAGUGAGUAUUUACUUCACUAGUUCUUCUCUUAUCCAUGCUCUUCACCAGCUACUUACUCUCUCUCUGUCUUUCUACACUUUCUCUUGGACUCAAAAGGUUAUCGCAUACGAUUUUGGCAUCAAGCAUAACAUCCUAAGACGCCUAUCCUCUUACGGAUGUCAAAUCACCGUUGUUCCGUCGUCAUUCCCAGCUUCCGAGGCCCUUAAAAUGAAUCCAGACGGAAUUUUGUUCAGCAACGGUCCAGGAGACCCUUCUGCUGUGCCGUAUGCUGUUGAGACAGUCAAGGAGCUUCUCGGUAAAGUUCCUGUUUACGGAAUCUGUAUGGGUCAUCAGUUGCUUGGCCAAGCUUUGGGUGGUAAGACCUACAAGAUGAAGUUUGGUCAUCAUGGAGGAAACCACCCAGUUCGUAAUAACAGAACUGGCCAGGUGGAGAUCAGUGCUCAGAACCACAACUAUGCGGUUGACCCGGCUUCACUUCCCGGAGGCGUGGAAGUGACGCAUGUCAAUCUCAAUGAUGGAAGCUGUGCGGGUCUAUCUUUCCCGGCGAUGAAUGUCAUGUCUCUUCAGUACCACCCUGAAGCCUCCCCUGGACCUCACGACUCUGAUAACGCAUUUAGAGAGUUCAUUGAGCUUAUGAAGAGAUCGAAACAGAGCUCCCGAGCAAUGGUGGAGUAAAACAAACUCUUUUGUUUUGUACUAUUUGCUGUUGUUUUAGCCAUCGCACUUAAAAUUAAACACGAGUGUUUUAUUAGUAACAAUGGAGUGAUAUUUAUUGUUCUGGCUAUGGCUAUGUUAAGGAAUUAUCCCACCUUUUAAAUAAUCAAAGAAUUUGUAAUAGAUAAGAAAAGAGUUUCUUUCUCUCAGAAUCGAGUUGUAUGUUUUGAUCGAUAAUAUUGUAAAGUCUUAAUGUCAUUUUGAUAACCAUGGUGAACUGAA